UAUGACGCCAUGGCUAAGCGCAGAUAACUGUCACAUUGUGGCACAGAGUGCUGUAUUUUGACUGAAAAUGAAUAUUUCAGUUAAGACCAAUCAGUGAGUGCUGUCCGUGUCCUGUGACAAGUCCCUGUGAGGUGAUGAUGCACAUGUUGCGCUGUCCCCUGCGGUGUCCUCCCACUUCAGUCCAAUGGCUGCGGCUGCGCUCCCUCUACUCCACCAAGCCCCACUCCCUGCAGGGCCAGGACUCUCCAGAGACCCGCAUGAACCCCCUUAACAUUCAGAUGCUGUCCACUAAUCUGCACAAACAGAUCUUUAGAGGGCAGGAGCCACACUACAAAGAGGCUGAUGUGGACCGCAGCAUCAGGCACCUGCAGACGCACCAGCUGUGGGGUAAAGAGACCUCACUGUUACCUGAUGUGGACUUGAAGCUUCCCCGAAUGUAUGGCAAAAACAUUGAUGAACAUUUCCGGGUGCUGGCCAAGACACAGAGCCUUCCUUACCUUGAGGCUGCCAUUCAGCUGCAGCAGGCCUCGCUGCCUCCCAUGCCUCAGGAAUGGGCCUGGGAGGUUGGCUGGACACGCUAUGAGCCAGAUGGGCAAAGCCGGAGAGUGGACUUCCCAGACGAGUCAGCACUGGUGUUUGAUGUGGAGGUGUGCAUAACGGAGGGACAGAGUCCCACGCUGGCCGUUGCCAUGUCUCCCACCGCUUGGUACUCCUGGUGCAGUAAGCGUCUGAUUGAAGAGAGGUACUCCUGGUCGAGCAACUUGACCCUAACUGAUCUCAUCCCACUGGAGACGGCUGUCAACUCUCUCCGCCCUCUAGGGGGUCAGUGGAAGGAGAGGCUCAUAGUGGGCCAUAAUGUCAGCUAUGAUCGAGCACAUAUUAAGGAGCAGUAUCUGUUAAAGGGUUCCAAGGUGCGCUUUCUGGACACCAUGAGCCUUCACAUGGCCAUCUCUGGGCUGACCGGAUUCCAGCGCACAUUGUGGAUGGCCAGUAAGCUGGGCAGGAGGCGGGGCAUCCAGGAGGUCAAGGAGCACAUGAAGAAAACAAGACAGAAAAGAGAGGGCCCGAUGAUCGGCUCUUUGAACUGGGUGGAUAUUAGCAGCAUUAAUAACUUGGCUGAUGUCCAUGCCCUGUAUGUGGGAGGGAAGCCGCUGCAGAAGGAGGCCAGAGAGACUUUUGUAAAGGGCAGCAUGAUGGAUGUCAGGAACAACUUCCAGGAUCUAAUGCAGUACUGUGCCCUGGAUGUUCUGGCCACUCAUCAAGUCUUCACAGAGCAGCUGCCCCUCUUCAUGGAAAGGUGUCCUCAUCCGGUGACGUUUGCAGGAAUGCUGGAGAUGGGUGUGAGCUACCUUCCUGUUAAUCAGAACUGGGAGCGCUACCUGGAGGAUUCUCAGGACACAUUCGAAGAGCUGCAAAGAGAGAUGAAGAAGUCCCUGAUGAUUCUAGCAGACGAUGCCUGCCAGCUCCUGCAGGAUGACAGGUACAAAGAGGACCCCUGGCUUUGGGAUCUUGAGUGGGAUGUGCAAGAGUUCAAACAGAAAAAAGUGACAGCCAGCAAAAAGAAACGCUCCAAACAAGAAGCUGAAACACAAGCCUCUACUCCUCUUCCAGAGUGGGAAGAAGACCCAGGUCCACCCUCUGAAGAGGAGAUGGCGGGUCCCUGUCCCAGCAGGUUGGCUGUGGAGAAGCUGAAGGAGACGGUGAGCAAGCUGCCCAAGAGAAGGCAGCAUCUGCCUGGGCAUCCAGGGUGGUAUCGCAAGCUGUGUGAGAAGAUGUCUGAGGAGGACAGCUGGUCACCUGGAGCCAGCCUGAUCAGUUUACAGAUGAGAGUGACUCCUAAGCUGAUGGGACUAACAUGGGAUGGCUUCCCCCUGCAUUACGCUGAGAAGCAUGGAUGGGGCUACCUGGUACCCGGACGAAGGGAUAAUCUGGAUUCCCAGGAGGAAAACGCAGGGCCGGUGUGCCCACACAGAGCUAUUGAGAGUGUGUACAGAGAGUAUUGUGAGCAGAACAGCAAAGAGAAGCCUGAGUUUCCGGAGUACAGUGCCGCAGAUGACCUCGAGUUGACAGACAGUACAGUGUGGCAGAAGAUGGAGGAGUUGAGCCACCUGGAGAGCGUGACAGAGGAAAACGGAAUCAGCAUGAGAAAAAAGAAAAAUGAGCAACAAUCCCAAGAGCCACAUUAUCACCAUGGAAAUGGCCCUUACAAUGAUGUUGAUAUCCCUGGGUGCUGGUUUUUCAAACUGCCUCAUAAGGAUGGUAAUGAAAACAAUGUUGGGAGUCCUUUCUCAAAGGACUUCCUGUCCAAGAUGGAGGAUGGUACUCUUCGAGCAGGGAGGGGAGGAACCAACGCCACACGUGCUUUGGAGAUCAACAAAAUGAUCUCCUUCUGGAGGAAUGCCCAUAAACGUAUAAGCUCUCAGAAGGUGGUGUGGCUGCGAAAGGGAGAACUUCCUCGAACUGUCAGCAGGCAUGAAGAGUAUGAUGAGGAGGGGCGGUACGGUGCCAUAUUACCUCAGGUCGUCACUGCUGGGACGGUAACACGUAGGGCUGUGGAGCCGACAUGGCUGACUGCCAGUAAUGCAAGGCGGGACCGGGUGGGCAGUGAGCUGAAGGCCAUGGUGCAGGUGCCCCCUGGCUACCACCUGGUAGGAGCAGAUGUUGACUCUCAGGAGCUGUGGAUUGCAGCUGUGCUUGGAGAGGCCCACUUUGCUGGCAUGCAUGGUUGCACAGCCUUUGGCUGGAUGACCCUGCAGGGAAAGAAGAGUCAGGGCACUGACCUGCACAGUCGCACUGCAGACACAGUGGGCAUCAGCCGAGAGCAUGCCAAAGUGUUCAAUUAUGGACGCAUCUAUGGUGCAGGACAGCCAUUCGCCGAGAGGCUGCUGAUGCAGUUCAACCACCGUCUGAGUCAGCCAGAGGCUGCCAGUAAGGCCAGACAGAUGUACGCCCUAACUAAAGGCAUACGCAGAUAUAAACUCUCAGAGGAGGGUGAGCAGCUGGUCGAUAACUUGGGUGUGGAGGUGCAGAUGGAGGAAGAUGAAAGUAUCUCCCUACAGGAGUUACGCAGGGUCAGCAGGCUGGUUUCACAGAGCUUUUCCCGGAAGAAAUGGGAUCUUGUUGGCCAUCGUCUGUGGUCCGGAGGUACGGAGUCGGAGAUGUUCAACAAGCUGGAGAGUAUAGCCCAUUCUGCUCAACCAGCCACUCCUGUUUUAGGCUGCAGGAUUAGCAGAGCACUGGAGCCCUUGGCAGUUAAAGAUGAGUUCAUUACCAGCCGAGUGAACUGGGUGGUCCAGAGCUCAGCAGUGGACUACCUACACCUGAUGCUGGUGGCCAUGAGGUGGCUCUUUGAGGAGCACAAUAUCGAUGGACGCUUCUGUAUCAGCAUCCACGAUGAGGUGCGCUACCUGGUGCGCAGUGAAGACCGAUACCGUGCAGCUCUGGCCCUUCAGAUCACAAACCUGUUGACCAGAUGUAUGUUUGCUCAUGCGUUAGACAUGCAGGACCUCCCUCAGUCAGUCGCCUUCUUCAGUGCAGUUGACAUUGACCAAUGUCUGAGGAAGGAGGUCACCAUGGACUGUGUAACUCCCUCUAACCCCACAGGCUUGGAGCGCAGAUACAGCCUGCCACAGGGUGAGGCCUUGGACAUAUACCAGAUCAUUGACAUCACUAAAGGCUCUCUAGCUAAAGGACGAUAGCAUGGUAUGGACCAAGCUACUAUAACUCAAAGCAGCAUUACAUGCACACCAUCAUCAGGAGGCCAUUCAGCAGCUGGUCAAGCUGAAGGUCAGAGAGGAACUUAAAGGAUUUGAUUCCUUUCCUUUCCUUUCCUUUCACUGUUUCCUCCUCUUGUGCUUGGGCUCCUGGGUCUCCUCUGCUUCCUGUGUCACUGGGGUCUGAAAGGACAAGUGGAAGGAGACACGGCACUGAGACCUCACCCUGCCAAACCCCACCAGUGUGGAGACUGUUCAGAGGAAAUAAAUGUUCCAUCAUUCCAGACCAAAGUGCCUUCAAACGUGAAAUACUUAUCUAUACAUGUUCUGAAACUCUCUGCUUUAAAAAAAAAA